CUUCCGGGUCAAAGGUGCCUGAGCCGGCGGGUCCCCUGUGUCCGCCGCCGCUGUCGUCCCACUCUCCCGCCACUUCCGGGGUCGCAGUCCCGGGCAUGGAGCCGCGACCGUGAGGCGCCGCUGGACCCGGGACGACCUGCCCAGCCCGGCCGCCGCCCCACGUCCCGGUCUGUGUCCCAUGCCUGCAGCUGGAAUGGAGGCUCUCUGGACCCUUUAGAAGGCACCCCUGCCCUCCUGAGGUCAGCUGAGCGGUUAAUGCGGAAGGUUAAGAAACUGCGCCUGGACAAGGAGAACACCGGAAGUUGGAGAAGCUUCUCGCUGAAUUCCGAGGGGGCUGAGAGGAUGGCCACCACCGGGACCCCAACGGCCGACCGAGGCGACGCAGCCGCCACAGAUGACCCGGCCGCCCGCUUCCAGGUGCAGAAGCACUCGUGGGACGGGCUCCGGAGCAUCAUCCACGGCAGCCGCAAGUACUCGGGCCUCAUUGUCAACAAGGCACCCCACGACUUCCAGUUUGUGCAGAAGACGGAUGAGUCUGGGCCCCACUCCCACCGCCUCUACUACCUGGGAAUGCCAUAUGGCAGCCGAGAGAACUCCCUCCUCUACUCUGAGAUUCCCAAGAAGGUCCGGAAAGAGGCUCUGCUGCUCCUGUCCUGGAAGCAGAUGCUGGAUCAUUUCCAGGCCACGCCCCACCAUGGGGUCUACUCUCGGGAGGAGGAGCUGCUGAGGGAGCGGAAGCGCCUGGGGGUCUUCGGCAUCACCUCCUACGACUUCCACAGCGAGAGUGGCCUCUUCCUCUUCCAGGCCAGCAACAGCCUCUUCCACUGCCGCGACGGUGGCAAGAACGGCUUCAUGGUGUCCCCUAUGAAACCGCUGGAAAUCAAGACCCAGUGCUCAGGGCCCCGGAUGGACCCCAAAAUCUGCCCUGCCGACCCUGCCUUCUUCUCCUUCAUCAAUAACAGCGACCUGUGGGUGGCCAACAUCGAGACAGGCGAGGAGCGGCGGCUGACCUUCUGCCACCAAGGUUUAUCCAAUGUCCUGGAUGACCCCAAGUCUGCGGGCGUGGCCACCUUCGUCAUACAGGAAGAGUUCGACCGCUUCACUGGGUACUGGUGGUGCCCCACAGCCUCCUGGGAAGGUUCAGAGGGCCUCAAGACGCUGCGAAUCCUAUAUGAGGAAGUCGAUGAGUCCGAGGUGGAGGUCAUUCACGUCCCUUCUCCUGCGCUAGAAGAAAGGAAGACGGACUCGUAUCGGUACCCCAGGACAGGCAGCAAGAAUCCCAAGAUUGCCUUGAAACUGGCCGAGUUCCAGACUGACAGCCAGGGCAAGAUCGUCUCGACCCAGGAGAAGGAGCUGGUGCAGCCCUUCAGCUCGCUGUUCCCGAAGGUGGAGUACAUCGCCAGGGCCGGGUGGACCCGGGAUGGCAAAUACGCCUGGGCCAUGUUCCUGGACCGGCCCCAGCAGUGGCUCCAGCUCGUCCUCCUCCCCCCGGCCCUGUUCAUCCCGAGCACAGAGAAUGAGGAGCAGCGGCUAGCCUCUGCCAGAGCCGUCCCCAGGAAUGUCCAGCCGUAUGUGGUGUACGAGGAGGUCACCAACGUCUGGAUCAAUGUUCAUGACAUCUUCUAUCCCUUCCCCCAGUCAGAGGGAGAGGACGAGCUCUGCUUUAUCCGCGCCAAUGAAUGCAAGACCGGCUUCUGCCAUUUGUACAAAGUCACCGCCGUCUUAAAAUCCCAGGGCUACGAUUGGAGUGAGCCCUUCAGCCCCGGGGAAGAUGAAUUUAAGUGCCCCAUUAAGGAAGAGAUUGCUCUGACCAGCGGUGAAUGGGAGGUUUUGGCGAGGCACGGCUCCAAGAUCUGGGUCAAUGAGGAGACCAAGCUGGUGUACUUCCAGGGCACCAAGGACACGCCGCUGGAGCACCACCUCUACGUGGUCAGCUAUGAGGUGGCCGGCGAGAUUGUACGCCUCACCACGCCCGGCUUCUCCCAUAGCUGCUCCAUGAGCCAGAACUUCGACAUGUUUGUCAGCCACUACAGCAGCGUGAGCACGCCGCCGUGCGUGCACGUCUACAAGCUGAGCGGCCCCGACGACGACCCCCUGCACAAGCAGCCCCGCUUCUGGGCUAGCAUGAUGGAGGCAGCCAGCUGCCCCCCAGAUUACGUGCCUCCAGAGAUCUUCCAUUUCCACACGCGCUCGGAUGUGCGGCUCUACGGCAUGAUCUACAAGCCCCAUGCCUUGCAGCCGGGGAAGAAGCACCCCACCGUCCUCUUUGUGUAUGGAGGCCCCCAGGUGCAGCUGGUGAAUAACUCCUUCAAAGGCAUCAAGUACUUGCGGCUCAACACACUGGCCUCCCUGGGCUACGCCGUGGUUGUGAUUGACGGCAGGGGCUCCUGUCAGCGAGGGCUUCGGUUCGAAGGGGCCCUGAAAAACCAGAUGGGCCAGGUGGAGAUCGAGGACCAGGUGGAGGGCCUGCAGUUCGUGGCCGAGAAGUAUGGCUUCAUCGACCUGAGCCGAGUUGCCAUCCAUGGCUGGUCCUACGGGGGCUUCCUCUCGCUCAUGGGGCUAAUCCACAAGCCCCAGGUGUUCAAGGUGGCCAUCGCGGGUGCCCCCGUCACCGUCUGGAUGGCCUACGACACAGGGUACACUGAGCGCUACAUGGACAUCCCUGAGAACAACCAGCAUGGCUAUGAGGCGGGUUCCGUGGCCCUGCACGUGGAGAAGCUGCCCAAUGAGCCCAACCGCUUGCUUAUCCUCCACGGCUUCCUGGACGAAAACGUGCACUUUUUCCACACAAACUUCCUCGUCUCCCAACUGAUCCGAGCAGGGAAACCUUACCAGCUCCAGAUCUACCCCAACGAGAGACACAGUAUUCGCUGCCCCGAGUCGGGCGAGCACUAUGAAGUCACGUUGCUGCACUUUCUACAGGAAUACCUCUGAGCCUGCCCACCGGGAGCCGCCACAUCACAGCACAAGUGGCUGCAGCCUCCGCGGGGAACCAGGCGGGAGGGACUGAGUGGCCCGCGGGCCCCAGUGAGGCACUUUGUCCCGCCCAGCGCUGGCCAGCCCCGAGGAGCCGCUGCCUUCACCGCCCCGACGCCUUUUAUCCUUUUUUAAACGCUCUUGGGUUUUAUGUCCGCUGCUUCUUGGUUGCCGAGACAGAGAGAUGGUGGUCUCGGGCCAGCCCCUCCUCUCCCCGCCUUCUGGGAGGAGGAGGUCACACGCUGAUGGGCACUGGAGAGGCCAGAAGAGACUCAGAGGAGCGGGCUGCCUUCCGCCUGGGGCUCGCUGUGACCUCUCAGUCCCCUGGCCCGGCCAGCCACCGUCCCCAGCACCCAAGCAUGCAAUUGCCUGUCCCCCCCAGCCAGCCUCCCCCACUUGAUGUUUGUGUUUUGUUUGGGGGGAUAUUUUUCAUAAUUAUUUAAAAGACAGGCCGGGCGCGGUGGCUCACGUCUGUAAUCCCAGCACUUUGGGAGGCUGAGGCGGGCGGAUCACCUGAGGUUGGGAGUUCAAGACCAGCCUGGCCAACAUGGGGAAACCCCGUCUCUACUAAAAAUACAAAAAAUUAGCCGGGUGUGGUGGCGCGUGCCUUUAAUCCCAGCUACUCGGGAGGCUGAGGCAGGAGAAUCGCUUGAACCCGGGAGGUGGAGGUUGCGGUGAGCCAAGAUCGCACCAUUGCACUCCAGCCUGGGCAACAAGAGCGAAACUCUGUCUCAAAAUAAAUAAAAAAUAAAAGACAGAAAGCAAGGGGUGCCUAAAUCUAGACUCGGGGUCCACACCGGGCAGCGGGGUUGCAACCCAGCACCUGGUAGGCUCCAUUUCUUCCCAAGCCCGAGCAGAGGGUCAUGCGGGCCCCACAGGAGAGGCGGCCAGGGCCCGCGGGGGGCACCACCUGUGGACAGCCCUCCUGUCCCCAAGCUUUCAGGCAGGCAGUGAAACGCACCGAACUUCCACGCUUUGCUGGUCAGUGGCGGCUGUCCCCUCCCCAGCCCAGCCGCCCAGCCACAUGUGUCUGCCUGACCCGUACACACCAGGGGUUCUGGGGUUGGGAGCUGAACCAUCCCCACCUCAGGGUUAUAUUUCCCCCUCCCCUUCCCUCCCCGCCAAGAGCUCUGCCAGGGGCGGGCAAAAAAAAAAAGUAAAAAGAAAAGAAAAAAAAAAAAAAGAAACAAACCACCUCUACAUAUUAUGGAAAGAAAAUAUUUUUGUCGAUUCUUAUUCUUUUAUAAUUAUGCGUGGAAGAAGUAGACACAUUAAACGAUUCCAGUUGGAAACAUGUCA